AAAGACAGCCAUUUGUGUUGCCAUAUUUGGAGGUGUGGACGGUCUUAAACUUUACAUGUACAAAUAUAAUGAUAAUUGGUUUCUUCAUUUUUAGGAUUUUAAUUUCGAAGGUACUUGUAUAUUAUCAGCUGGUAUGGAUCAUGCACUGAAGAUGUGGGACCUCCAAACUGAUGAAUACACUGACAUCAUUAGGCAAUCAUAUGAACAUGUUAAAGGAUCAAAAGAGUCAUUUCCAAUACUGGAGGUUCAUUUUCCGAAAUAUUCAACUCGUGAAAUUCAUCGCAACUACAUUGACUGUGUGAGGUGGUUCGGUCGACUAGCGUUUUCUAAAAGUUGUGAGAAUAGUUUGAUACUUUGGAGACCUCCACGGCCUGACAAUAAGCCACAACAGAAAUCCUUUCAAGUUUUACAAAAGUUUGAGGUUCCGAACUGUGAGAUAUGGUAUAUUCGCUUUGCAAUGGACAGGAAAAUGAAAGUAAGUAUAAUUAAAAUGUUUAAUUUACAUGUCACAGAUAAAAAUAUCUUUAACAUACAUGUACAAUGCAGGGGCGUAUCUAAGCUCUGA